AUGCCUGUACCCAGUCGAUGCGCGUUCAUCGCCGUAGUGGUGGCUGUAUUCCUCUGCUUGAUUGCUCUCUUCCAGACUGGCACAGUUUCAACCCCUUCAUCAUUACAUCUCGAUGAUGUGACAGAUUUCGUGUCGUCUCCGUUCUCAUCAUACAAGGAUGAGGCCCAGAAAAACACCACACAACAGACGCCGUCAGCAUCGUCUUCAGCUUCAGCGGUGCCUUCAGCAACAGCACCAGUAGCUGUUUCAAAUGUGCCGAUCUCAUACGACAAGACUACACCUCCGUCAACAGGCUGCGAAGCUGUGGUUAAUGCUGCUCAACAAAAACUGAUCUCAGAGUACCAACAACUCCUCAAAGGCAUCCGCUAUGUCAACGUUUGGGGUUAUCUCGAAACUGAGAACAAGGGCGAUGCCGCUAUCUGGUCCGCACAGCAGAUUCUCUUGAGCAUGAUGGGCAUUGAGACCAUGGAAGCUUGCCGCUUCAUGGACAAAGGCUGCAACAUGACCAAAUUCACCCAAGCACUCGAUGACCACAAGCCUAACUCUGCCAUCAUCAUGGCCGGUGGUGGCAACUUCAACGACUACUACUGGGAGGAUCAACCAUCAAGAAUCGCAAUGAUCGAACACUUCACCCAAGUACCCAUUCGCGCUUUCCCCCAGAGCAUUCACAUGACCCACAACGACCGCAUCAACCGCACCAAAGAAGCUUUCCUGACACACCCCAACCUGCAGCUCGCUGCACGCGACGCGCCCAGUUACAAGUGGUUGGCAGACACCUUUGAGGGCGAGAAAGUGGCCUCUCCAUCUACCGACCUCGCGGUCACAGACGGCAUCGGCAAAGGUGAAGUCAAGACUGUGCUCACCCCUGAUAUCGCAUUCAUGUGGGGCAGUCGUCCAGACUUCCGUAUCAACACACCCAAGGAGUACGAUGUCUUGAUCCUCGCACGCGACGACAUGGAGAUCUCCGAUGGCAACUCCAAGUCAAUUCCCUUCGGCAAGGGCAACCUCGACCUUGGUGGCAGCAUCGGUAACGUCAGCUACUGGAAAGUAGACUGGAAGUUCACACCCACCCCUGAGAUCGAUGGCGAGCACCGUGAGAACGGCAAGAACCAGCGCGCUUGGGCAAAAGCAACAGAGGGCUUCAGAAUGCUUGGAGCUGCAAAUUUUGUCAUCACUGACCGUUUGCAUGGACACAUCUUGAGCACUUUAAUUGGCACACCACAUGUAGUCAUGGACUCGAAAUUGGGCAAGAACAUCAACUACCAUGACACAUGGACGAAAGACUGUGCUUGCACACGAGUAGCGGAAGACAUUGAUGAGGCACAAGAUUUUGCCAAGAUGUUCUUCGAGAAGGAGAAGGCUGAAGGAAGAUGGAACGGCGAGCUUGUCCAUGGCGCAGAGUCAGCGGACGUUGAUGCAGAGUGA